UACUCGUAUAUCUUUCCCAAGUUGAAUACCCGUGGGUACCCUACCCGCUGAGAUUAUUGCCAUCCCUAUUCGUGGUUGAUCUGUCAAGAGGUCAAACCAUUCCCUCAAAGCCCAGCUCAAUCAUUUCUCUUCCAUCUCUGUCCACUUUCUUCACCGGAAAAACUCCGAAGCUUCACAAAAAACCAGAAACCCUAGAUAUCCCAAUCCGAAUUCGCAUGCACAACCAAAUGGUGAAGAAGCGAGUCCCGGAAUGGCUCAACAGCUCCCUCUGGUCUUCCCCUCCCUCUGCUCCUCCCGCCGACGACGAUCGAGCUCAACGCUACACCUCCAAGCCCUCCACCCCCACCACCACCACUACCUCCGCGUCCGUCGUCGAGCCUCCGCUUCCUGUCCCGCCUCCCUCCUCCGCCAGAGAGCAGCCUCCGCCGGAGCCUCAGCCUGUCGAUUCAGUCUCCGAUCACGACGACAGGGGUGCCGCCGUUCCUUCCCCCGAGGACUUCUCUCGUCAGUCGCAGCUCUUGGCUGAGCUAUCAAAGAAGAUUAUAAAUGUUCGUGAGUUGCGGAAAAUUGCGGUACAGGGUAUACCUGAUGGUGCUGGGAUUCGGUCCACGGUGUGGAAGCUAUUACUAGGAUAUUUACCACCGGAUCGGGCGCUUUGGCCAUCUGAGGUAGCAAAAAAGAGGUCACAGUAUAAGCAUUUCAAAGACGAGCUCUUGAUGAAUCCCUCAGAGAUCACACGGAAGUUAGAGGAUAACGGCACAAGUUGUGAUAGUGAAGAAUCAAAAAGCAAGGGCUUGUUAUCAAGAUCACAUAUAGCUCAUGGUGAGCAUCCAUUGAGUCUUGGGAAGUCCAGCAUUUGGAAUCAGUUUUUCCAGGACACGGAGAUUAUAGAACAGAUUGACCGAGAUGUAAAGCGCACUCAUCCAGACAUGCACUUUUUCUCAGGGGACUCUCAAUUUGCUAAAUCUAAUCAGGAUGCUUUGAAGAACAUCCUGGUUGUAUUUGCAAAGCUAAAUCCCGGCAUAAGAUAUGUUCAAGGGAUGAAUGAACUUUUGGCACCACUGUACUAUGUCUUCAAAAAUGAUCCUGAUGAGGAAUAUGCGGCCGCAGCUGAAGCAGACACAUUCUUUUGUUUUGUUGAAUUAUUGAGUGGCUUCCGCGAUCAUUUCUGUCAGCAACUUGACAAUAGUGUUGUGGGUAUCCGUUCCACGAUAACAAGAUUGUCACAACUUUUGAAGGAACAUGAUGAAGAGCUAUGGCGUCAUCUUGAGAUCACAACCAAAGUCAACCCCCAAUUUUAUGCGUUUCGGUGGAUCACUCUCCUCUUGACCCAGGAGUUCAAUUUUGCAGACAGCCUUCACAUUUGGGACACACUUCUAAGUGAUUCUGAAGGUCCUCAGGAAACCCUUCUCCGAGUAUGUUGUGCCAUGCUGAUUCUUGUUCGGAGGCGCUUAUUAGCUGGCGAUUUCACCUCUAAUCUUAAACUACUACAGCACUAUCCUCCUACAAACAUCAGCCAUCUGCUCUAUGUUGCGAACAAGUUGCGUGUACAAUCGUCAGGCUAGUCUACAAUUUUACUGUAUCCUCCCAUUUUCCUUUUAAAACUUGACCCAUCAUUUUGUGAUUCAAAAUUUUCGGUGUCUGUAAAUUACUUGAUGUACAUGUUAUUAGAAGAAAAACCAAUGCAGGAAAUUAGUUGUCUCGGUGGGAUUGCUCAUCUUUCGGGGUUUCAUUUUCCCACUGAUUCUAGAAUGAUAUUGUAUUGGAAAAAAAAAAAAAAAAAAAAAGUUAGGUU